UCUUUCUUCAGCAGAUUGAUAUACGGUCGUGUGAAGUACCUCAAAAUGGGCGGAAGGCGACUAUGGCAGGAGUAUGGGUGUGAACGCAACGCCGCAUGUCGCUUGCAACGUUGGCGCUGUUGGCAGUGGUAUGCGCAUGCGCUUCUGAAGUUGGCCACGGAAAGGAUGCGCUUGUCAGAUACCGUCGUCAAUCUGGUGGUGGUCGACCUGGAGGUGGUGGAGGAGGACGUCCUGGAGGAGGUGGUGGUGGAGGAGGAGGACGUCCAGGAGGUGGUGGAUCAGGUCAAGGCAAUGGUGGAUUUGGCGGAGGAGGAAGUGGUGGACCAGGGAAUGGUGGCUUUGGAGGUGGUGGAGGACGUCCAGGUGGAGGUGGACCAGGACAAGGCAAUGGCGGAUUUGGAGGAGGACCAGGACAAGGAAAUGGUGGAUUUGGAGGACCAGGGGGAGGUCACGGCGGUGGAUUUGGAGGACCAGGUGGAGGUCAUGGCGGUGAUUUUGGAGGUCAUGGGGGUCAUGGUCAUGGGCAUGGACACGGUCAUGGUCAUGAACAUGGACACGGUCAUGGUCAUGGACAUGGACACGGUCAUGGUCAUGGUCCUGGAGGAAGACCUGGGUUUGGAGGUCCUGGCAGACCAGGGCCAGGAUUUGGAGGACCUGGCAGACCUGGGGUGGCACCCGGAAGACCUGGUGGCCUCUCUAUCACUGGAC